AUGCCUUCGAAACCCUCCCUCCUGCGCUCCGCGCGCAACGACGCUCCGUCCUACGGCGCCGUCUCCAACGACCCGAGUCGCAAUGUGUCACCCACCGGGAGUGACUCCCGGACGGGGAACUCACAUCCCCUACGUUACGUCUCCGAUACCACCAGGUCCGCCUCGUCAAGGUAUUCUGCCGCCUCAAGACAAAGCUCCCGUCUGUCAGAGGACGUCGACGCUGCGGCUCUAGCCACUGGCCUGGACGGCCGCUUCGGAGUGACCCAGACCACCGUAACAACAAACAUGCUCGAAGAUGCAAAGUCAGAUGCGGCUGGCGAAGAGGUGGACUAUGACGACCUCUCUGGCAGCGAGCCCGACGAUGAUCCUGUGGAUAACUCGCCGCACGAGGUCGUACGCGCAUCUGUGCCCCCAACAGACAACAUCACCUUGUCCAUAAGCACCCCGAGGAUGUGGACACUGUCUGUAUUGUUUUCAGUACUCGGUUCUUCCACCAACUUGUUUUUCUCGUUACGAUACCCUAGCGUUGCUAUUACGCCCGUCAUCGCCCUGCUGCUCGUCCACCCGCUAGCUCUCAUGUGGGACUACUUUCUCAAGUUUCCAAGCGACCCCCCGGAAGAGUUUGUCGACGGUGUUCUUCAGCCUGACGCGGACGGCGGAUCACCCCCGAAGAAUCGACUGACGCGGCUGCGCAGGUGGCUGGCGCAAGGCCGGUGGAACGAGAAGGAGCACACCUGUGUCUAUGUGAGCAGCAAUGUGUCGUUCGGUUUUGCCUUUGCGACCGAUGUCAUUGUCGAGCAGUCCAUGUUCUAUAAGCAAGAAGCGACCAUCCCCUACCAGCUGCUCCUCAUUCUCUCAACCCAGAUUCUCGGGUAUGCCUUUGCCGGCCUGACGCGCCGUUUCUUGGUGCGACCCAGCGGCAUGAUCUGGCCGGGUACUCUCAUGUCGGCUGCCAUGUUCGGAACUCUUCACAAGGAGGAGAAUAUGAUUGCAGACGGAUGGAAAAUUUCGAGGUGGAAGUUCUUCUUCAUUGUGUGGUUUGGCGCCUUUGCCUUCUACUUCCUGCCCGGCCUGCUCAUGCCAUGCCUGAGCUACUUCAAUGUCAUCACCUGGAUUGCGCCCAAGAACGUCGUGGUCGCCAACCUCUUUGGCGUUGUUUCCGGCCUGGGUCUCUUCCCGUUGACCUUUGACUGGGCGCAAAUCACUUACAUCGGCUCGCCGCUUCUAGUCCCCUUUUGGGCCGCCAUGAACGUUAUUGGCGGACUGGUUAUUGUCAUGUGGCUCAUCGCCCCUAUCGCUUACUACGCCAAUCUGUUCUAUUCGUCUUACAUGCCCAUCUUGUCAUCUUCCGUAUUCGACAACACGGGCAACGUCUACGAUGUUAGCAAAAUCUUGACGUCCGAAUUUCUCUUCGACAGAGAGGCCUAUAGCAAGUACAGCCGAGUAUUCUUGCCCAUUACGUAUGUGCUCAGUUACGGUGUACAGUUUGCCGCUCUGGCGGCGCUGCUGACACACACCUUCUGCUGGCAUGGCAAGGACAUUUUGAACACUUGGAAAACGGCUCUUCAGGAGGCCCGAGAUGAGGGACAGGUCUACCAGCCCGUGUCCAGCGGCCCGCCCGAGAGCAUAAGGCCACAGAGAUCAUUCAACAGCAGCGGAGGUCUCUCGAGAUCAUCCUCCAGCCCGGAUGGCUUCCUUUUCAAAGAGGAUGUGCACUGUCGGUUGAUGAACCGGUACAAGGACGCGCCCUUGUGGUGGUACAUGGUGACCUUUGUAUCCAUGCUGGCGGUUGGCAUGUUUGUGGUCGAAUUCUACCCCAUCCAUCUGCCGUGGUAUGGUUUACUCCUGGCGCUGGGCAUUUGCGCCGUCUUCUUCAUCCCGAACGGCAUCAUCAUGGCUGUCACCAACCAGCACAGUAGCAUCUACCUCAUCUGCCAGCUCGUCUGCGGUGUCGUCUUUCCUGGACGUCCGAUUGCAAACAUGGUGUUCGUAACUUACGGGUACAUUUCGUCCGCACAGGGCAUCAAGUUUGCCUCUGAUCUGAAGCUGGGCCAUUACAUGAAGAUUCCCCCACGAAUCAUGUUCACCGUUCAGAUGGUUGCGACCAUCGUGUCGUCCCUGACACAGAUCGGCGUGCUCAACUGGAUGUUUGCCAAGGUGAAGGGCAUCUGCACAUCGGAAGCGGUCAAUGGCUUCACGUGCCCCAUCGCGAGGGUGCACUUCAACGGCUCCAUCCUUUGGGGCGUGGUCGGUCCGGGCGAGUUCUUCGGGCCGAAUGCAACCUACCGCGGGCUGGUCUGGUGCUUCCUCAUCGGCGCCAUCAUGCCGAUUCCUCUGUGGCUGUAUAGUCGCAAGAAGAAGCACAGCAUUGUGCGCAAGAUCAACCUGCCCGUCGUCUUUGGCUCCAUGGCAUGGAUUCCACCGGCGACUGGCCUCAACUUUUCUGUCUGGGCGGUGGUCUGCUAUGUCUUCAACUACUUGAUCAAGAGGAGGAAGAGUGCGUGGUGGGCCAAGUACACGAUGACCAUGAGCGCAGCGUUAGACUCGGGCCUGGCGUUCGGCAUUGUCGUCAUCUUUUUUGGCUUCAUCUACCCGGGGCACAUGAAGGGCUUCAAGUACUGGGGAACUGAGAUCUACAAGAAAGGCUGCGACUGGCAGGCCUGCUCGUACAACACAGUGCCAGAAGGGUCUCACUUUGGCCCCGACCAGUGGUGA